AUGAGCGCACAAGAUUUCGAACUAGACCCAGUCGACCUUUCCGAGGAACUCACCAAGGAGCUUCGUACGGAGGAAGGAAACAAGAAUGUCCGACAGGCUCGAUUCUUCGCUAGGGAGACACAGGCUUACUUGGAACAUUUACGACCGAGAGUCAAGAAGAUUGAGAGAUUCUGGUUAACUGCUUUGCUCAACCAUACUCAACUUGCUGCUGCUACUACCUCGAAAGAGGACAGACAUGCUCUAUCAUUCCUGGAAGAUAUCGAAUUGAUCCAGGAGGAGAAUGAUUUUAGACCCUUUGAAUUGAAGUUUCACUUCAAAGAAAACCCCUAUUUCACCAACACCGUCCUCGCCAAGAAGUACUCCUUACCUAACGGAGUCGAACCUGCCCCUAAGGAUGGCACCAUAACAGAAGAACUCAGGAAUUUUAUAGAAAACGAGGAACUAGCACCAUCAAGCAUGAAAAUCGAUUGGAAAUCUGAUGAGGUGAAUUUACCCAAGAAACAACCUAGAUUAGUCCAAGGACAUGAUCACGAUCAUGAUGAUCCUAACCAUGUUCAUCAUGAUGAUGAAGAUGAAGGGUAUGAAGGCGAUUUGGGGUCGUUCUUCUUGUAUUUCGAACUUGCCGAUGAUCCUUUCAUGCUCGGCGAUGCAAUCAAAUCGGAGAUUUUACCAGAAGCAUUUGCCUAUUUCGAAGAUAGAGGUGAAAAUUCUCCCGGUGCUGAGUUCGGAAUGGAUUCGGACCUCGACGAAGAUGAUGAUGAUGAGUUAGAUGAGGAGAGUGAUGAGGAUGAGAAUGCCGAGAUUGAUUUGGAAGAUGAAGAAGAGGAAAUCCCAAAAAAGAAGCGAAAGUUGGGUAAGAAUGGCAAAUAA